CUAACGACGCAAGCUAGCUAGCUAGCUAGCUGCUCACGCUAGUCGUCUACUAUCAUCGGUUAGCUGUCAGCCUUGCUUUGACUUGUAUGUAGCCUGAGCCACACACGUACACACAAGGCACGCUCCUCGCUUACGGUCCACUUGCCCCAUUGACAGCAGUUAAGGAAGAUUUCCUCUUGGCCACUGUGAUCAAGCACUGAUUUCCUGCUAUUUUCAAUUUGAUGACAGCACUGUGAGGACACCUUUUCCCCCCGGAAUGCCUGGAGCUGCUUUUGAAGAACCAGAAUCCGCUAUGAAACAGACAAGUGAUCAGACUUGUUAAGGCACUGGAAGGGAGCGAAGAAAACCUAUACUGACUGAUUAGCUGCUGCUGCGGCAGUGGAGGACUGGACCAGUAAGUGCCGGCCCACUGGGAGUCACCUGAUGUAGCAGAGACACUAGACUUCCUGUUGGAUCUCUUCCAUUUGUUUUGAGCUUGUUUUCUCCGUUCCUGCUGUCUCAUAGAUUUGGAUGAUCGAGCACAACGACCAUUUUAAAGCAGCCCGCUGGUGGCUGUGGCCUGGCCAGAGCUGAUGGACUUCUUGCCAGUUAUUGCUGAUUUAUUCGCUUAAUUCAAAUCCACUGCAGCCAUUGCCCACUUCUGUGUAGUCGCCAGUAUCAUGAAUGGAGGCUGGAGGACACAUUUGUGAGGAACUAAACCCUUGGGAUUUUUUUUUGAUUUUUUUUUUUGCCCAAUGAAGGGGUGUUUUUUAUUUUGAGCCCCAUUUUCUGUGUUGCUUGAAAAAGCAGCUGUGGUUUCUAUAGAAUCUGUAGAAGAGCCUGUAGAAGAUGAAACUGAGGAAACAGGUGACAGUGUGUGGAGGGGCCAUCUUCUGUGUGGCUGUGUUCUCACUUUACCUCAUGUUGGACCGCGUCCAGCAUGACCCUGCAAGGCGACAAAAUGGUGGAAACUUUCCACGGAGCCAAAUUUCAGUCCUGCAGAACCGGAUAGAGCAGUUGGAGCAGCUGCUCGAGGAAAACCAUCAAAUCAUCAGUCACAUAAAAGACUCUGUGAUGGAGCUCACAGACACAGGAGCAGUGUCUCCCAGUGGCCACCUGCCCUUUAGGAGUACCAAUGGCUCCUGGGUCCUUCCCUUUGACAGGCGCCCCACUUUCCUCGCUGUCAAGCCCCAGGACUGUCAGUUGGCUGCAGGCAGUCACAGUCAGGCAGAUGUUCAGAUGUUGGAUGUAUACUCCCUUCUCAAGUUUGACAACCCGGAUGGUGGUGUGUGGAAACAGGGAUUUGACAUAACUUACGAUGCUGAUGAGUGGGACAAAGAACCUCUGCAAGUGUUUGUGGUCCCACACUCUCAUAAUGAUCCAGGUUGGGUUAAGACGUUUGAUCAGUACUUCACAGACCAGACACAACAUAUUUUAAACAACAUGGUGGUGAAGCUGACUGAAGAUCCUCGCAGAAAGUUCAUCUGGUCUGAGAUUUCCUUUUUCUCCAAGUGGUGGGAGGGUGCAGAUGCACAAAAGCAGGAGGCUGCACGCAAACUCAUCCUCGAAGGACAGCUCGAGAUUGUCACAGGAGGCUGGGUGAUGACAGACGAAGCCAACGUUCAUUACUUUGCCAUGAUAGACCAACUUAUUGAGGGACAUCAGUGGCUGGAGAGAAACAUAGGGGCAACCCCCCACAGUGGAUGGGCAAUAGACCCUUUUGGGCACAGCUCUACGAUGGCCUAUGUGCUGAAGAGAGCCAACCUGACCAACAUGCUCAUCCAGAGGGUCCACUACUCAGUCAAAAAGCAUUUCGCUGCCACACGCAACCUGGAGUUUAUGUGGCGGCAGCCCUGGGACACUGGUUCCAGUUCAGACAUCUUAUGCCAUAUGAUGCCCUUCUACAGCUAUGAUGUGCCUCAUACAUGCGGGCCUGACCCAAAGAUCUGCUGCCAAUUUGACUUCAAGAGGCUACCAGGUGGCCGUAUCAACUGUCCAUGGAAAGUGGCACCAAAAACUGUGGUCGAAGCAAAUGUAGCAGAAAGGGCACAACUCCUCCUGGAUCAGUACCGCAAGAAGUCCAAACUUUACCGUAGCAAGGUGCUCCUCAUCCCUCUGGGGGAUGACUUUCGCUACGACAAGGCCUUGGAGUGGGACCAGCAAUAUACCAACUAUCAGAAGCUCUUCGAUUACAUGAAUUCUCACCCUGAGAUGCAUGCCAAGGCUCAGUUUGGAACUCUCACCGACUACUUCAAUGCUUUGUAUAAAUCCUAUGGAUUGGCUCCAGGAUCCCGACCUACAGACUUCCCUGUGCUCAGUGGGGAUUUCUUUGCCUAUGCAGACCGAGAAAAACACUACUGGACUGGCUACUUUACAUCCCGGCCCUUUUAUAAGAGCUUGGAUCGUGUCAUCGAAUCACACCUCAGGGGAGCUGAGAUACUUUACAGCUUAGCGGUCGCCAACGCCCGACACCUGGGCAUGGAAGGACGCUAUCCGGUCUCAGAUUACGCCCUGCUCGUUGAUGCCAGGCGCUCUGUGGGCCUCUUCCAGCAUCAUGAUGCCAUCACUGGUACUGCGAAAGAGAAUGUUGUUGUCGACUAUGGCACCAGAUUACUACGCUCACUCAUCGGUUUGAAGAGAGUUAUCAUCAAUGCUGCACAUUUCCUAAUAAUGAAGAACAAAGAAUUCUAUCGCUUCUACCAAACAGAGCCUUUCCUAGAGACGGAUGACAGACGUGCUACUCAGGACUCCCUUCCGCAGCACACUUUAAUCGAGCUGGAUCCGGCAGGGCCAAGAUACCUGGUCCUGUUUAACCCACUUGAGCAGGAGCGGCUAUGUGCCGUGACCGUGUUGGUCAACACUCACAAGGUGAGGGUGCUCACUGAAGACGGACAGACUCUCCCCACGCAAGUGAGCGCUCAGUGGAGCUCAGCCAAUCAAAUGAGUGCUGAAGUGUUUGAGGCUACAUUCAUGGUGCGUCUACCAUCGCUGGCGCUCACGGUCUUCCAUAUGUAUACCUCUCCGGACUCGCCCAUGACUCUGCGCUCGGACACCCUUUUCCGGCUGCCGCAAGGCGCCCUGACUGCCCACGCUUUGGACCCCCUACCUGUUCGGUCUCAGCAAAGUGACCCUCAGACCUUCUACAUCAGCAGCCAGUUUCUGACACUGGGCUUCUCUGGGACCACAGGCUUGCUGGAGACUAUCAAACACAAGGAAGAUCCCCAGGAAAUGAAGGUUCAGAUGCACUUCGUUCUGUAUGGAACUCAUCCUAAGGACAAAAGUGGUGCUUAUCUUUUCAUGCCAGAUGGAAAAGCAACGCCCUACGACCACCAAAAGCCACCUGUUGUACGUGUAGUUGAGGGACCUCUCUUCUCUGAAGUAGUGGCAAACUACCAACACUUUCAGCAGGCAAUUCGUAUCCACAACGUGCCAGGUGUGGAUGGUCUCUCUGUGGACAUCACCACCACAGUGGACAUCAGAGAUCAGACCAACAAGGAGCUGGCCCUGCGACUGGUCACUGACAUCCAGAGCGGAGAUGUCUUCUACACAGACCUCAAUGGCUUCCAGAUGCAGCUUCGUCGCCGCCACCAGAAACUCCCCUUGCAAGCUAACUUCUACCCAAUGCCCAGCCAGGCCUACAUCCAGGACAACCAUCACAGGCUUACGCUGCACACGGCACAGGCUCUGGGUGUCAGCAGCUUGGAGAAUGGCCAGUUGGAGGUCAUUUUGGACCGCCGACUGAUGCAGGAUGAUAAUCGUGGGCUGGGUCAAGGCCUAAAGGACAACAAGAGGACGAUCAACCGCUUCCGAUUACUUCUGGAGAGGAGAUUGAAGGGAAACAAGAUGACAGACAACUCCGUGAUGAUGAGCUUCCCCUCUCUGCUUGGUCACAUGACCAACGCCAUCCUGAAUCACAAUGUUCUGGCGCUACCUGUCCUGCCUAAAAGGCGCGGCGUGCCUCCUCUGCAAACCUUUGCGCCACUCAAGUCAAUGCUCCCCUGUGACUUUCACCUUCUAAACCUUCGCAGCAUUCAAAGCCAAGACCCCAAUGCUCCAUCACCAUACACAGCUUUAAUUCUUCACCGUCUUGGCCUCGACUGUGCUUUGGAUGUUCCAAGCUUGGGAUUCAACUGCACCACCACCCAAGGACAGCUGAAUGUUUCCAGCCUCUUCAAGAACUUGGACCUGCAGCUGCUGCAGCCCAUGUCUUUGACCCUAAUGUACUCUAGUCCACCACUGGCCAACCAUUCCACAGUCAGCCUGGAUCCAAUGGAGAUCUCAGUCUUCAAGCUCAAACUGCGCUAGGAGCUAAUGUGAUCCUGCAAGCUCAGAGUCUUUGGACCCACAACUGGAGCCUUGGAGCUUUGGACCAGAACAGGGCACUCUGAUUUGGCUGUGACAAACGCAUUGUGCAGAACCACAAACUCUCAUGAGAACACAGCCGCAGUGGGUUCUACUGCGUAAGAAUGUGUUUCAGCCUGGAACUGAACUACUGAAUGUAAAUAUCCCAAUGAUGUGCAAGUGGUAGUAAGAGGGAGGAGAUGGUGGGGUUAAGGGGUUCAUAAAAAAUGUGUGCAGCAGGAGUGCAAUUUCCAAAGCUUUAUUUGUUGUAUUAUGAGCUUUUAUUUUUUUAAUUUUCUAUGCUCACACUGAUGUUGGCAACAUUGAAAUCACUUUUUUUUUCUCCCCCGAUUUAACGUUACAUUUCUUUGUUGCCUCAAUGCAACAAAGACGAUAUCCUGUGUGGAUAUUCAGAGAUGCAAGUGGGUCUCCACUCUGUGCAGUAACAAGUAGAUCACGUAAGCGCGCUGCUCAUCAUUCAGAGCUUCCUUGACAUCGCGGGCGAACAUUUGUUUUAAGCCUUGUGUUGGCAUGUCACAACUGAGUGGCUGUGUGUAUAGUUGUGCUUCACCAACACUAGACUGUGUGUGUGUGUGCGUGCGUGUUAGGGGCCACCACUUGGGACAUGUACAGUUAGCGGGAUGGAGCAAAGAAGCAUCAAGAUAGAGAUGACAGGAUUUUUUUUUAAUCAUAUUUUAGUCACUAUGGUGGCAUCAAUGCAACUUUUCAUCUUGCUGGAAUUAUUAUGGCCAUGCCUCACACAGUGUUUGGAAAGUCAAAGUGCACUUCUUUGUAUUAUGAGAAAUACAGGGGAGUGUCUCAAUAAAAAUGUAAGUGCACUGACUUUCUGUACAUCCUGUAGCUGUAUGUGAUUAUAGCAUUAACAAAUCUAAACCAGUGCCCUCCUCCCAUUUUUCCAUCAGGGCCCAAUUUAUGGUAGUACUGAUUUUUUACUGACUGGCAAACAUUGAGUGCUGACUGUGGGGGUGGUGGUCUUGUGUCAUUGUGAAUUCCUGAUUGGCUGGGGUGACCCCAUGUAUUGCUGAUCGGGACGUAUAUGCUCUGCUAUGAAUGCCCCCAGCCAAUUUAUCUGUGCGGCCUGGUGGUUGGGGACUAUUGGAUUAAACAACAAAUCUACUGCUGGCGUAAGACUUUUUUUUUUUUUUUUGCACAGUGCUAUCAUUUAUGUAUGCAUGGAGUAUGUCAGGGAAAAUUUGUGAUGCUGUAACUGCAGGUUCAGCUCGGUAGUUGAAUGCAAAGUGAUUUCGAUUUCAGCCAUUGGUUUCUAAUCCGUAGAAAUCAAACUGAGGUUUUUGCUGUUAACUUCCUGGGUUUGUUGUCUUUAAAUAAUGAAGUUCAACCCCACGGAGAUUUGCAAUAAUUAAUAAUCCUAUUUUCAGUUAGUUUACAUCAGUAAUACCCAUCAUGGUGAAAUCUUAUUAAGUUUGGUCAAAAAAACGACACGUCUGAAAAUGGACUUUAAAGAAAUGUCUUGUGAAAAUUCCAAUGGCCUGUUUUUCCAGCUGAUGGUUUUAUCAACUUUUCAAAAUUGGGAGGCAGAGCUGAGUUAAAGUGUAGUGACAAAGUGUAGGUGGCUGAUGUGUGGAACACUCGGUGCUACAUACAAAAUCCCAUUUGCAUUUCGAACUGCAUUUUCUCGAGGCUGAGUCUGCUCAGCAUGGAGUUAUGGACAUACAUUCUUAUGAUUGGGCAUUAAAUAACUGUUUGGUUAGUUCAUUUCCCUCAGGAGGUCUGUCACAUCAUGUGCUGCUCUGGCUUCUAUUAACAUUUCAAUGUGACCACAUUUAAGUUCCUGCUCUUUUGUCCCUAGAUCUCUAGCUCAGCUCUUUCACAAUGUGUCACAUGGAAAUUGUGGAAAUUUGUCUUAAUAAAAUAAAAAUGGUUUAGAAG